AAUAGUACACUUCAUCACAGCGAGCACGGAGGCUGUGAAACAUGGUCGGCUACGGAAAUAAAUAACGGGACCGGGGCGAUAUUAUUCAAAUCAGAAAAGUGGGACACCGGAGGGUACGGCGAGGAGAGGAAGAGGAAGAGGGCACUUCAAGAGAGAAGAAAGAGAGUUUUAAGUCGCUACAACGCGCCUCACUGUUGGUAUUUGGACACGAAUACCUGCCGAAAAUAGUCCCGACGUCGCUUAUUGAGGCUCCUCUGUCCCGUGUGACCCCCUGACACAGAGAGGAUGGUGAUGGAGGAGGGGGGGCAGAGAGACAGAGGGAGGGGGACUCCAGCAACAGUAGAAGCAGAGCGGAGGCAGAUCCUCGUAGAGCUCGGGGAGCAGAACUUGGAUGCUAUUUGUCUGUCCACAUAUCGAACAGCCUGUAAGCUCAGAUUCAUACAGAAGAGAUGCAACUUGCAUCUGAUCGACAUCUACAACGUGAUCGAGGCGGUGCGGGACGCCGGGCUGAACGCCGUGGAGCUGAACGCCGGCAUCUCCGUGACCAGACUGGAGAACUUGGUGUCCGCCCUGUUCAACCAGCUCAGCAAGCGCCUGCCCACCACGCACACCAUCGACCCGCAAGAGAGCGCCGCCCUGCUGGUCGAUUUCUUACUGGCCGCCAUUGACAGUGAGCCUGACAGCCGUCUGACGGUGCUCUCUGUGAAGGCGAUGCUGGCCACGCUGUGUGGAGGGAAGCUGGUGGACAAACUGCGCUAUGUGUUUUCUCAGGUGUCUAACUCCAGCGGCGUGCUGGUGCAGUCCAAGUUUGAUGGUUUCCUGCGGGAGGCGCUCAAGCUGCCCACGGCUGCACAUGAAGGGCCGUCCUUUGGCUACACACACACCUUAGCUCGCUCGUGCUUCCCACAACAGAAGAGGGUGAUGCUCAACAUGUUCCUCGACAUUGUAGCUGACCCUCCUCAGUGUCUCGUCUGGCUUCCUCUCAUGCACCGCAUGGCCAACGUGGAGCAUGUCUACCAUCCCGUUUCGUGCUCCUACUGUCAUGGCAACGCGAUGACUGGCUUCCGCUAUCGCUGCCUCCGUUGCCGUGGUUACCAGCUCUGCCAGAACUGCUUCUGGCGCGGCAACGCCAGCGGCUCUCAUAGCAACCAGCAUCAGAUGAAGGAGCACUCGUCCUGGAAGUCGUCGGCGACAAAGCUGGGCCGAGCCCUGAGCAGGACUCUGGGCUGUGCGUCGUCCAGAGAGCCCACACAUCCGAUUUACCCAGAGGAACCUGAGAGGACCCUGAACCUCUCCAACAUAGUCCCCGCACGCCCCAUUGGAAACACCAGUGACGCCAUGUUGCUGUCCACAUCAGUGCCCGAGUCCUCCAAAAGUUUGGCAGCCGCUCGGCGCAUGAACGAGGAACACGCUCUGAUCGCUGCGUAUGUGAACCGCCUCCAGAGCAACCCGUGUAGUGUGGACAGUCCCAGCAGAGAAGACGAGGAGCACAAACUGAUCGCCCGCUACACCUCCCGCCUGGCAGAGACUGACAGCUCGGGAGUGAUCCCUAACCGGAGCAUCAACUUCGACGUGAACAAGCAGAAGAGGGAGCUCAUCGCUCAGCUGGAGGGCAAAAACAGAGAGAUCUUGGCGGAGAUCAAACGUCUCCGUGUGGAGCACGACGCAACGUGCCAGGCCAGCACCAACCCGAACCUGCUGGCCGAGCUACGUCUGCUCAGACAAAGGAAAGAUGAGCUGGAGCAGAGGAUGUCGUCUCUGCAAGAGAGCAGGAGGGAGCUGAUGGUGCAGCUCGAGGGACUGAUGAAGCUGCUCAAGGAUGAGGAGCAGCGACAGGCAGCGCAGGCGGCCGGCUCUUCUCACGCCUCUCCUUCUCGACCGAGCCCCACCGUUCGCUCUGUCGGCGCCGCGUCUCCCCACGCUCACAUGUACCCGCCCCAGGAUUCACUCGCUGGGGUGGGGGGGGACAUUCAAGAAGCAUUCGCCCAAGGCCCGAGGAGGAACCUGAGGAACGACCUGCUGGUAGCAGCUGACUCCAUCACCAACACUGUGUCUUCACUGGUCAAAGAGCUCCACUCUGAUGACGUUCGGGAGGAAGAGGAGAGAUUGCUGAACGGGAAGGACAGAGCAGGUUAACGCGAUCGCAGAACAAACCAAAACCGUUGAUGUUGCAUCACGGCCAAAGAAGACUGACCCUGCUGAGAUCUAAAUAUAUAUUCUUGUAUUAAUCGUUAGCCAGACGGGGAUUAGAGCUCUAGUGCUAGUCAACCAAUCACGAUGCUGGACACCAAACGGCCGCCGGGUCCCCACUGAUGUAUCGCUGUGAUUCUGUGUGUCGUGUCACUGUGGAUUGACUUGUGUUUUCAUUUGAUCAUGUAUAGCUGAAGGGGGGAUCUGAAACCUGCUGAUUUGUACUGUAGCACGUUUGUGUGUGUGUGUGUGUGUGUGUGUGCUCUGCGUUUUUAGAGGGUCGAGUAAGUGAUCGGGGUACCGUGAAGAGAGCAAGAAAGUUUCGGGAUGGAAAGACAGAAUGUAAAUACAGUGGAGAGAAAAAAGAGGGAGAAAACUUAGCCAAGUCAAAAAGAGGUGAACUGAGUUUUAAGUUUCGGCACUGUGUGCUUCGUAUGUAUUUACUUUGAUUUGAUUUUUGACCUCUAUUCAUUCAGUUUGAGUGUCUAUGUGUGAGUGUGGUCCAGCCCUGCUGAAAUGUUAAGCUUUAAUGGGACGUUUCCUGCUGCGCUCGGCCCGGCGCGGGGUGGAAUGCUGACGGCCCGGUCCUGGUUCAGGUCACACUUUAGUGCCCCGGGCGCUGCUCUGACAGCAGCUCAGGUCGUCCAGGCCUCGCUGUGUGUCUCGGUACUGCAGUGGCACGACCGUCAGAGAAGGGAUCUCUGACUACUGUGUGUGUGUUUGAGUGUUUGAGGGAGAGAGAGAGUAUAUAAAACCAUUUGCUUCGACAAUGUAGCAAUAGAGUGUGUGUGUGUGUGGAGUAUUUAUCCCCAUUACAAAUGUUCUUUCACAACCUGAGUGCGAGGAGCCACAUGAUUGAAGGAAUGUGGAAGAAAGUUGUUUUUCCUGAAUGAUCCCAACUGUUUGCGAUAUCUUUGAUACUUUUGUUUUUAUCGAUUAGAGAUGUUUAUAUAUAUUUAGUUAACAAAGAAACAAUUAUUUUAAAACAAGAGAAGAAUUAAAUAAUAAAAAAGCUACCAAUGUGUUGUAAUUGGGAACCAAACACAUUUACCUCAGAAUCGACUCUAAACAUCAUUUUAAGCCCUCUGAUUGGAUGUUUUUUUUCCUGCAAUGCUCAUUGGAGUUUUAUUCAACUUUUCUCUUUUUUUCAUCAUACACAGUUUUAACUUUCUCUACCGUCAGAGUUUAAUGUUCACCGAAGCCGUGAAACGGCUCCAACUGCCAGUUUACCAACAUUAUAAUAUAUGCAAAUGAUGAACGGGGCUUCUCCUCCUCACACGUUGCUGCUCUUUGAUGCUCCUCCAGACCGGUAAUAUGAACCAGGUCAGGUUGAUUUAUUCUCAUGUAGCAGAAAUAAUUAGAUAAAAAAUUUGUUUUUAGUAGUUCAGGGUUUUGGUUCCAGCUCAUAUGAAGCUUUACUUUAUGGUGUGCUACAUUUAAGAGAUUUCACCAGCCCUCCACCUUGUUUGACAGACUGCUUGCGUCUGUGAUUAUCACAUUUUCAGAUUGAAUGACUUUGAAUCAAUAAAUAAAUCAGUGUGUGUGUGUGUGUGUGUGUGUGUGAAAGAGAGAGCGAGAGAGAAUCACGACUGACAGGACAGCUGUGUCCUGACAUGAAACUGUAAACACGGCUCUGAACCUGCCUGAGCUGAUUGUGAGUGGAAAAAGUGUCUUUCACCUGCAAUAAAUAUAAUUUAACAUCAAA